AUGCUUCCAGCAAACGUAAUGUCGUUCAUGAAAAAGAUCGUCGCCACGGACGAGGCGUCGCAUCAGCAGCCAUCGAUGGAGAACACGGGAGCGUUCGGGAAGCUGAAGCAAACGCUGUCAACGUCGCUGCUGACCGCCCAGGAUAGAGUGAACAAAAUGUCCCCACGUCCAUCGCUGGUGCCGGACGCAACGGAACCACCGCCGCACGCUGGUGGCGACGACCCGUAUAAGGACGCUGGCAGCAGCGAGCGUGCUGGCUCGUGCGACACCAACAACAAGUUCAACACACGUUCCGGCUCCUGCCGGAUAUGCUUGAAGUCGUUCAAACCGAACGACUUCAAGAAAACGUGCGUCGAGUGUGACCAGAAAGUUUGCGAAGACUGCGCCAGUUACAGCAAGCUCCAGGAAGCAGAGGACUUGGGUCUCUGGCGAUGUAGCGUCUGUCGGAGAAAGAUGGCGUCCCGCAUCUGUAUACCGCAGGAAUCUACCGACUCCGCACUGGAGGUACCGGUCAUGGAAACGCUGCAGCGGCGCCACUCGGACAUAAAGCUGGGAUUCGGCCAGCACCUGGACGACGGCAAAGGGUCCGCGCUGGCGCCUCCACGUAGCCCCGAGCUACGCCGCCACUCGGACGUGUCGCCAGCUUCGCUCAAAGAGCUGGAGAAGCUUAAGGGCGUCCAGAAGCCCAAGAACGACAUGGACUGGCGCAAGGGGCACAGUGCCGCACCGAGCAGAUCGUCCAGUCCGCCCGGGCGCAAGGACACCGAGCUCGGCACACCGCGAGUCAUCUCCCGCCGACCGUCGACGAAAAUGUCGCGCCAGCGGAGCUACGACGACGAGUUCAAAACAAUGAGCUCGGAUACGAAUCUGGCCGAGGCAGGCCUUAACCUGCCGCCCCCGAUGCCCCGGCGAAAGUCGGCGUACGACGUGUACGCACCGGGCGUCCUGGUCAACGCCAUGCAGUCGGUCAAGCUGGCGCCGGACGAUUCGGAGAAGAUCAGCACGUCGCGCCGAUCCUCGAUGAAGAUCAUGAACGAUGGGAGCGAGUUCGGUGGUGAUAGUCAUACGGUGGCCGACAUGAAGGCCGCUGGACUGAUCGUCGACGACGAUCGGCGACACAAGCGGCGAGGAUCGCAACUACCCGACAUAUCGGCAUUGAAAGACAAAACUGCCCAAAACUCAGCGAACAUAUCAGUCUACCAGUGUCCGGCUUUGGAAGACUUGGAGGCGCCCAAACGCCAGACAUCACUCGACGGCGAAGGCAUCAAGAUCGUCAUACAUGACGCCGAUGCCGGCCCGCUCUGCGCGGCGAAGCGAAGUGUCACACUGCGAAGGGAUCCCUCCGAUAAGGCCCACAGAACAAGAGGAUUCGGUAUGCGCGUGGUCGGUGGUAAGACUGGCACGGACGGUCGACUGUUCGCCUACAUCGUCUGGACGGUUCCCGGUGGCCCGGCGGAGAAGGGAGGCCUGCAGCAGGGCGAUAAGAUUUUAGAGUGGUGCGGUGCCUCACUGACGGAUCGCAGCUUCGAGGAGGUGUGCGCCAUUAUGGACCGCACGGGAGACACGGCCGAGUUGCUGGUCGAGCACGCGACCGACUUCAAGAUGUGCGAGCUGUUGGACGAGGGCGGCAUGGGCAUGAACGUCGGUUCGACAUACAGCAGCAACAAUUCGCAACGAGCUUUGCCGGACACGAACGUCCACAACCUAACGUCAGAAAGCGAGUCAACGAUGGACAAAUCUCCUUCUUCGCCAACCAGACGCAAAUUGCCUAAAACACCGGAACAGAUAGCAAAGGGCAAGUUAGUGUCCGGUAGGGUUCAGGUGCAUGUUUACUAUCACGGCGAGCGAAACGAACUUGUCGUUUCGGUGAUGGCUGCCGAUGACCUGCCGGAGCGCGAUGAAUCGCUGGGCUAUGGCAUGUAUCCGGAAGCCUAUGCGUCGAUCAAGUUGCUACCCAAAACGAACGAAUCGCAUGUCGCCCAGACCGAGGUGUCCACUCCCUCUCUGAAUCCCAUUUGGAACGCGACCAUUACCUUCCAGGACGUGUUCAGUGACAAUCUGUUAGACCGUAAGAUAGAGAUAGUGCUGUACGAUCUGUUGCCCCACUCGGAGCCAAUCUUCCUCGGCGAGUGCUCGGUAAAGCUGCAGAAGGCCUGCCUGGACGACGUGGCGGUCUGGUACCGGCUAGAGGAUCCGAACCGGCUGCGCGGUUCGGGUGGCCCAACCGUUGGUCGCACGCUACGGCGCCGCUCGACCGUUGGCGGCUCGCAGAGUUCGAUCGACGAGAGCAUCGGUUCGUCGUUCGGGCGCUACGGUGGCAGCAACGAUGGGUCGCGCUUCCAGCGCUCUAUCUCCGACGACGUGGACAGCCUGGACGAGGGCCGGUACCUGCUACACCCGAACUGGUCGGUGUCCGGUAGCCGGCGUGGUUCGACGCAAUCCGAAAUUCAGAUGCAAACGCUCGAGGUGCAACAACUCGGCAAGGAUUACUCGAAGUCGUUACCCGGCUCUCGACGUUCUUCGUUCCAGGACUCGAAGGAGCAGCUGGCCGCCGGACCGGUACACUACUCGCGCCGUUACUCGACUGGCCGGGCAGCGACGGGCGCGUCGGCGUCAACACUCGAGCCACCCGUCCCCGUGCGAAAACUCUCCUUCGGCGGCGCCAUCGGUGGGCUCGGCAGUAGUGGCCCUUCUGGUGGGGCCAGCAGGAGCGAAUUCAUACGCACCAUGAGCCUUUCGCGCGAGCUUGACGUGAAGAAUCGCAAGAAGAAGCGUUUAUUCUCGUAAAGCAAGCACGAAAAGUUAACUCCAAUCAAGCAACGAAAAAAUAACAACAACAUCCGGAAGCACAAUCACAAUCAAGCGACGAAACGAUGGAAGUGGAGCUAUUCACUGUUAGGCUUCACAUAAAAAAACACUCCAAAGGUUUUGAAAAUAGGACAAUGAUGGUUCUCACACCUGUAGCUGUAAUUUAAUAAAAACAAACAAAACAUAGUUGACUACAUUGGCAGGCAGCAUUACACAUCCAUGUACGACAUAUUUGAAGCACUUGGAAGUAUUGCCAAACCGCCGACGACACUUGAUCUCGGCCUCUCUUGGCCUCUCGUCAUCGGCGCACGAGCAAACUAUACACAAUCGUCAUGUUUAUGGUUUAUAGGCGUGUUUUUCGACUGUCUGGUUCUGUCGCACGAACCAUUUUGCAAACGUAUAACAUGUUUUAUGUAGAAAAUAUUUCAAGUUUACAAAAUAUCAAUCUAUACAUAUGUUACCUAUA